AUGCUUGACCUUGAAUCGCUCAGUGCACAACUGCCUCGCCUUUGCGAUAGAGCAACUCUAUCUAUAUUCAGGAGUACGCCUAACGAGAACCCACUACGCGUCCUGCUCUAUAAUUCCGACUACUUCACCACUGGAAUACGACACAAGAUUGAGUUCACUCUGAGCGGUAUUCCCGCGUCUUCUGUCUCCGAGGAACGGUUGACGGCUGAUAUGGCUACGAUUGCUGUUGGGAAAGGGAAUAUCACAGUCGCCGGUCAGUCGUUUAAGGAAGACUUGCGAGCUGCAGAGAGAGGAGGCCACGGAGACAGUAGAGGUUCAAGAUGGCGUUGCAACUUUCCUCGUUGGUCCAUAGGAGGCUUUGGUCAUUGA